AUGAUAUUACUAGUAUUACUAAUAGCAUAUACAGUAAAUUCUUAACCUUAUGAUACUAUUUGUGGAGCUAAGAAAGCAGCAUAUUAUUAAGAAAUAGUAUCAGCAACAAAUGUGAUAGUUGGAUUAGGAACUACACCUGCAGCAACAACAGAUUACAUUUAAUUACAACCUAAAUUGACUAAUGAUCCUAAUACAUUCCUUUUUGAUAGUUUAGACACUUUCAUGAUCAAGUUGAUAUAUUAAGAAUAUAUUUUAGCUUGUGGUUCCGACCAUCCAUUAAACAUACAAAUCUAGCUGAUAGUUCUGAACCUACAAAACCUGAACAAGCCAUAUUUAGAAUUUCAAUGGAUACAUCUGAUGAAUCUCUAAUUACUAAUUAAGGAGUUCGAGUAGGUAUGUAUUAUACAGCAGAUUACACAUAAACUACAUAAUUUUUAAUUAGAUAUGCUAAAGGUUCAACUCCAAGUGUUAUGGUUAAUUCACCAUUUCCAUAUUUAGAAGAGAAAUGGUGCUUUGGAUCUGUAGGAAUAUCAUAUUCUAAAGGUAAGGUUGUUUAUUAUGCUUUUUAACCUGCUUCUCCUAAUAUUAUUGUAAAUCCUAUGCCAAUAACUGAAGCUGCUGGAUUUCAUUCUUCAUUAACAUCAUUAGCUGUGAUGUAACUUCUUUAUUGGGGAUCAUCCUAUCAAUAUCAUUAUGGUCAAGUUAGAUCUAUAUCAAUUUUGAAGGAUUACAUUGAAUUAGAUUAUAAGCAUAAUUGGUUUAAUUUGAUGUUCUUAGAUCCUAGUUAUUCAGUUUCAUUAUUUGCUAGAUAUAGAUUGGAAGAGAUGACAGGUUAAGUAGUAUAUAAUAAAAUUUAAAUGACAUAAUAAGGAUUUUUAGGAACAGAUAAUACAGCUUAAGCCAGUGAUCCUACUUGGGGAACAACUAUUGGUUUAUUAUAAUUUGCAUCAACUUAAACAGUAAAAUUACCAGCAAUAGUAUUUGGAAAUACUAAUACUAUAUUUGGAAUAGCUUUAUGGUUUAGAUCAACAGCUGUUAUAGUAGGAGAUGCAGAUAAUGUUGAUUUAACUAAAGAUAUGCAAGUGUUUAAAAGGAAUUAUUAAGGAUCAACAGAAGUCCUUACACUUUUAUUUUAUUCAGCAAAUGCAGCUUAACUAGGUACUAAAUUAAAGAUUGGAACUACAAUAUUUCAACCAGCUCUAAUUUUACAUAAUACUAAUGUUUGGCAUCAUAUUACAUGUACUGUUUUGUAUCCAGGUUCAUUAACAGAAUAAUCCCAAAUCAUUUAUGAUAUAACUUUAGAAAAAGGUGUCUAUUAAGCACAUUAAACUACUAGUUUAAGUAAUACUUAUUAAGAAAGUGCCACUGAUACUAUUAUAUUAGGAAGUGCUUUGAAUUCAUUUUCUAGUGGAAAUUUGUAAUUAUCUAAUAUCAAUAUUUUUAAUAAAUAUACUAUUUAUGUAGAUGAGGAUGGAGCUGAUACAAACUUUUUGAAUUGUAAUGGAGAUUGUUAAGUUUCUUUGAAUAGUUUCAGUAGUUAAAUUUGUCUAAUUUGCAAAUCUCCUUUAUUAAUGAAUGAAGGUAAUUGUGUGGCUUCUUGUUCAGCUGGUGCUAAUGCAUUAUCAAAUGCUGCAGGAACAGUAGAACUUUGUAGAAGUUGUGAUUUUAAAUGUAGUUCAUGUAUUUCUAAUGGGAAUUGUAAUGCAUGUAACACUGGAUAUUAUUUAAUUAUGCCAGCUGCUAAUUCAUGUGUGAUUAGUACUAGUUGUGGAGGUAAUUAUGUUGGUAAUCCUGCAACUUUGGUAUGUACACUAUGUGGUAAUGGUAAAAGAGAUGCAGGAGAGACUUGUGAUGAAGGUAAUUUGGUUGCCACUCCAAUUGCAGUUUAAGGGCCUGGAUGUAAUAAUUGUGCUGUCAAUUCACCUACUUACAAGUGUUCAGGAGGAAAUGCAACAACAAAAGACACUUGCUAUUUAGCUUGUGGUGAUCAUAUAUGGGAUACAGGAGAAAUAUGUGAUGAUGGUAAUAAUGUUGAUGGAGAUGGAUGUUCAGCAGAUUGUGGUACCAUAGAAGAUUUAUAUUAUUGUACACCAACAGCAGCUCCUAUAAAUUGUUUUAAGAAUUGUGGAAAUGGAUUAUUAGAAUCAAGUGCUCCUGAUACAGAAUAAUGUGAUAUUGGUAGUGGUACAACAGGAUGUACAAAUUGUAAAGUAGAUAUUGGUUAUGAUUGUGAUAAUUCAAAUCCUCCUCCAACACCUACUCCUGCAAAUCCUGUUAGUGUUUGCACAAAAUUAUGUGGAAAUGGUAUUAUUAAUGCUGGAGAAGAUUGUGAUGAUUCAAAUAAUACAUCAUCAGAUGGAUGUUCAGAUUGUGUUACUGAUGUUGGUUGGGUCUGUUCAGGUACACCAAGUGUUUGUAGCAAAACAUGUGGAAAUGGAGUCAGAAAUUAAGGAGAAGAAUGUGAUGAUGGAAAUGCUGUAAAUAAUGAUGGAUGCAGCAAUUGUAAAAUAGAUACAGAUUAUAUUUGUACAGGUGGUAGUGAUACAACAUCAGAUAAAUGUAAAGCUAUUCCUGAUAUUUGUGGAGAUGGAAUAUAGAAAUCAACUGAAGAAUGUGAUGAUGGAAAUACUUUAAAUGGAGAUGGAUGUUCAAAAUAAUGUAAGAUAGAGAUAGGAUAUAGUUGUUUAGGUAACAUUUGCACAUCUAUAUGUGGUGAUGGAAUCAAGAUUUCAAAUGAGAAAUGUGAUGAUGGUAAUGUAUUAGGAGGAGAUGGAUGUAAUGAAAUGUGUAUAAUAGAGAAUUUAUAUUAAUGUUCAGGUGGAUCAUAAGCAGGAAAAGAUACAUGUAUUCUUAAUUGUGGUGAUGGUAUUAGAGAUGAUAGUGAAUAAUGUGAUGAUAAUAAUGUUGAUGAUGGAGAUGGAUGUUCAUAAUAUUGUAAAAUUGAAUCUGGUUAUGGAUGUAUUAAAUAAACAUAAUCUCAUGAUUUAUGUUUUAAAUGUAUUAGUAAUUGUGCAAUUUGUACAUCAUCUAAUAUAUGUGAUACUUGUUUAACAAUGUUUUAUUAAUUAGGAACUUAAUGUUAUCCAGGUUGUCCAUCUGGAUAUUAUCCUAAUAAUAAUGAGUGUAUAUAAUGUGCAUCAAAUUGUUCAUAAUGUCUAAAUUAAUAGAUCUGUGUAAGAUGCAAUUAUGAUCAUUAUUUAUCUAAUGGAAAGUGUUAUUCUCAUUGUCCAAUAGGAUUCUAUGAUUAACCAAAUGCUAUGUUAGGUAAUCAAUGUAUUCCAUGUAAAUCACCAUGUGCUAAUUGUGAUGCAAAAACAUGUUAUGCUUGCAUAGAUAAAUAUUAUUUGGAUGAAGAAACUUCAACAUGCUUACCUUGUAAUAUGGGAGAACAAUGUUUAAAAUGUGACAACUAAGAUGGAGAUUGUCUUUUAUGUUCUGAUGGAUACUAUAGAGAUGGUAAUACUUGUCAACUCAUACCAUUAUUAUGUGGAGAUGGUUUGCAUCAUCCAUAAGAAAGAUGUGAUGAUGGAAAUACAAAUCCUUUAGAUGGAUGCGAUGAAGUUUGUAAAAUUGAAUUAAAUUGGGACUGUAUACUUUAUGAUCCAUAAGGUCCUGAUGUUUGCUUUCUAAAAGCACCUCCAUAACUCACAGUUGAAUGGAGUAAAGUACACACCAAUAUCAUUUAUAUACAUUUUUCAAGGCCUAUGAAAGAUGGAAUAGAUUAUGGUGCUCUUACUAAUAUUAUAAUACCUGAAUUAGAAUCUCUAAAGUUCAAGGAAUUUGAAGAAGUUAAUGAUGAAGGUAUCAUCAUUUAACAUGAUAAAAGUAAUGCAUUCAUUCCUUUUGAGUAUACUGUUACUCCUUUCAAAAAUUAAACCAUUUAGAUUACUUUCCAUUAUCAAUUAACUAUACAAGAUUAUAUUGCUAAUAUUACCUUUAUUAAUGCUUCCUUAAUAUAGGAUGUUUAUAAUUGGUCUUUAGUCAAUAAAACUACUUAAGAGAGAAGACAAUUAUAAGAAAUUAAUUAGACUGAAUCCUUCCAAUUCUCAACAUCUUUACCCUAUCAUAUUUAUUAUACUAGUGGAGAAAAGGACAUAUCUAAUGCUGUUGCAUAUAUUCUAUUGAUUAUUUGCAUUUUAGGUCUCAUAUCAGGAUUCUACUAUUAUUAUAGAAUAGGAGAAGGUAGGAUUAGAAAAACUAUAGAAUUUGUUUAAAUAAUUAGUAUGUUAAGAUAUGUAAAUAUAAGAAUGGGAUACAAUUUAGAAUAGAUAUUUACAAUUUUGGAUUAUUUUAAUAUGACAUUUAUACCAAACUUUUUCGAUUUAGUUUAAAAUGAUUGUGAUCAAUUUGAUGCUCCUCCUAAAUUUCAAUAUUAUUAAUAUAAUACAUAAAUGCUUUCAGAAGGGGGAGGUAGAUUCUUGACUGCUUUUGUAGGUUUGCUUUUCUUAUUGGGGAUUAAUGAAUUUUUUUAUAGAUUUGUACCAGAUCCAGAUAUUGAAUAUUAUGCUGAAUAAGUUCAUAAAUAUUUUAGAUGUUAAGGAUUAACUAUAUUUGUAGAAAUAUUUUUUAUGGAUCUUGUAUUAAGUAUUGUAUUAAAUUUAUUCUAUUCUGAUGUUUCAAAUGCUUAUGGAAUUAUUAAUUUAUUAAUUUCAAUUUUAUUCACAAUCAUAAUUAUAGUAGUUAUUGUAUUAAUUAUAAUAAAAUUGAUACGUAAUCCUCAUAUAAUUAGAGUUAAAUAGGUUUAUGAUUACUUUGGAGAAUUUUUUGAUGGAUUGUUGUUUACUACACCUUACACUAAAUUUUUUGCACUUGUACCCUACUUAUAAAAGAUUGUGAUAGCUAUUGCUUUAGUAGCUUUAACUAUUUAUCCUUAAAUUGGUUUAUUAGUAUUUAUAAGAUUAGGAUUUUAUUCACUCUCUGCUAAUAUUAUACCUAUUUAUUAUAUUGAAUUAUUUAUAAGAGAGGUUGCCUAUGAUGUUAGUAUGACUUUAAUAACUUUGACUAUAUUAGCAUUUAAUGAUGAUUCAAGUAGUAAAUAAUAAAAAAUUGAUACUGGAUGGGGAAUUUCAUCAAUCAUUUUAUUUACUAUUGGAUUACAAAUAUUUUUUGUUAAAUAUGCUAUUUCCAUAAUAGACAGAAUGAUUCCACCUAUAAUGCCAGAUCAUGAAGAGAUUGUUUAAUAAGAAAUGGAUUAAGGUAAUAAAGAUAUACACAUUUUACAAUAAGCUGUUGAAAUGGAAAAGAUGGAGAAUGAUUUUUUUAAUAAUAAAUGA